AUGAGCGACGGUCUUAGCUCCAGCUCCUCAACACUAUCACAGGAUGGCAAAGGAAAAGAUCUGGGAGCCGCUCUGCACGACUUUACUGCUUAUUACGGAUCGCCGCUUGACACUGUUUCGGCCAGUCUUCGUCCUUUAGGUGAUACAUCAAGCUCAGAAGGCGCUUUCAAGAAGAUUAAAGCGGAAAGCGUCACCUCGAGCGGCGUAUUCUCGUCAUCGUUAUCAGGAAUACCGUCAACGCCUGCUCGAAGGCGUCACCGCACAACGUUCACUCAGGAACAAUUGGCAGAGUUGGACUCAGCUUUUCAAAAGAGCCACUAUCCUGACAUUUACGUUCGCGAGGAGCUGGCACGGAUCACAAAACUGAACGAGGCCAGGAUACAAGUAUGGUUCCAAAACCGACGGGCGAAGCACCGAAAGCAGGAAAAGCAAUUGAACAAGACACUCAAUCCUCACCAGGCAAUAUUUGCCGCAAAUCCAGCCAGCAAUAUUAUGCGUCAGGGAAUGUAUCCGUCACCACUCGGUAACCCACGGGAUAGUUUUUGGUAUCCUUCGUAUCCACGGCAAAUGCCCUAUCCGACGGCUACUCCACCGUAUUCAACAAACUCCUUUACCAAUCCGAUAACCAACUUCAGCCCGUCGAUAGCCCCAUUCUCAUCGGACGAGGAUUUCUAUCAGAAAUCGCUUGCGUUACGAAUGUCCUGUCAGCCCACAGCGUCAGCAAAUAUCGCGAAUUUGAACUAUCCACAGAGUUAA